AAACACUCCUUCUGAUUGGUCAAUUCACGACGCAUGCGUACCGGAAGGCGCUAAAAAUUGGAGAAGAUGAUCGUCUGGAGGUUAGAAUUUACCGAAAACGCCUAAAACUCCCCAAAUCCACCGGAAGGAAGGGUUUUUCGGGCACCAUGCUGGAUAUACAGUAGGAUCGUCACAUCAGAAGAGGUAAAACUGCAAAGAAACGACAUCGCUGUGGGAAAUUUUAGUCAAAACGGCCUCGGUUUGCUAUUGUGGGGGUGGGAGGGCGGACUGACAGACACCGGCAGAGAGCUUGCACAACUCGAACCAAGGACUCCAGGUUCUUCUCAAAGACAGUCGCCUCAUUUCUAAGAACAAUGGACGCCACCAUGAGCAUGAGGAGGGACGUGAGGAUCCUUCUUGUUGGAGAACCACAAGUAGGAAAAACCUCACUGAUCCUGUCCCUUGUGAGUGAAGAAUUUCCAGAUGAGGUCCCUCCCCGUGCAGAGGAGAUCACCAUUCCUGCUGAUGUCACUCCGGAGAAGGUCCCCACUCACAUAGUGGACUAUUCCGCUCAAGAACAGACAACAGAUCAGCUAAAAGAUGAAAUCCUAAGGGCAAAUGUUGUCUGCAUUGUGUAUGCUGUAGACAACGACUAUUCUGUACAAAUGAUCACCCAGAAGUGGUUACCAUUUAUCCAUGAGACAGUAGGAGAAGACCUGAGGAUGCCAGUAUUACUGGUAGGGAACAAGUCUGAUCUUCAAGAGGAGAGUUCAAUGGAGUCCAUCAUACCAGUAAUGAAUCAGUUCCCAGAGGUAGAAACCUGUGUGGAGUGCUCUGCGAGGAAUCUGAAGAACAUCUCAGAGCUGUUCUACUAUGCCCAGAAGGCAGUUCUACAUCCCACAGCACCUCUGUACUGUGCAGAGGAGAAAGAGUUGAAAGUCCCCUGUGUGAAAGCCCUGACAAGGAUAUUCACGAUCUGUGAUGCUGACAACGAUGGUUUGUUAAAAGACAGAGAGCUCAAUGAGUUCCAGAAGAGAUGUUUCAAUGCUCCGCUGGCUCCCCAGGCCCUGGAGGAUGUGAAGGCUGUGGUGAGGAAGAACUGUCCUGAUGGUACCAGGGACAACGGACUCACACUGCCAGGUCAGGGUUUAACAGUAGCCUGCUGUAAUUCCUGA